GUUUUACUUUUCCCUCUGAGAACCCAGAAAAUCUGAGUGGGUUUCACUGCUGUUGAAGUAAAAUCCUGAAUCCUUCAGAGCCCCUUUAUGGGUUCUUCUCCAUUAGCCAUGGAAUUGAAGACUCAUUACUCCUAACAAAACAAAAUUUGUUUUAAUGGCAAUGUAGAAGAGAAAGUAGAUUCCUUUUGCAGUCUCAGAUGAUGGUGGCUGCAUUUUCUCAUCCAUCUACUCCUUCACGGUCCCCUGUUGAAGAACCAAAUACCUAUCAAGAAGAAACCUCAACCUCAACAACAAAAAGGCAUCCUCUAAAAGAUAAUGGCUCUACUGUUACGAGAAAACCCAGAGGGAGACAAGUUUCUUCGAGGUAUAUGUCUCAUUCUCCUUCCACUUCAUCUUCAUCUUCCUCUUCUUCUUCAGCAGCAACGACAAUGUCAGCCAAAACGACGGCAGCAUGGAGCAAAACGACUGCGAGAUAUCCUUCUCCGCUUAUUUCUCGUUCAACAAAUGUUACCUCUACUUCAGCUACGUUGCCUUCGGUUCCUAAACGGUCUCAAUCUGUGGACCGGAGGCGGCCCGGAGGUCAAGUGUCGCAUGGAAACAAUGCUAAUGCCACGGAAUUGUCAGAUGCUUCCAAUAUGUUGAUUACUUCAACAAGAAGUUUGUCGGUUUCGUUUCAAGAUGAAGCCUUUUCGCUUCCGAUUAGCAAGACAAAGGCUCAAGUGGGUCCUUGUUCUACUAGGAAAGUAACGCCUGAAAGACGUAGAGCCACUCGAGUGAGAGAUCAUGGGGAUAACUCAAAGCCAAUGGAUCAGCUCCGCUGGCCUGGGAGAAUCCGGCAAGGGAAUCCGGUUUCGGGUUCGAAUUCGUUGUCUAUAAGCUUGGAUUCUAGUUGUGAAAGGAGGAUGGCUGGAUCUGGUGCAAUGCUGGCUAAGUCAUCGCAACAAUCAAUUAUGCUUGAUGACAGUAGUAGGAGAGCUUCUUUUGAUGGGUCUAGUAGGUUCAGUUUGGAUUUGGGAAGUGCUGCUGAGUUCUUAAAAGAGCCUAAUAAGCAAAAUCCAGAUGCCAAUUCUAUAAACGAUGCUACUUUUUUCCCUUGUGAUCUUACUGCUUCUGAUACUGAUAGUUUGUCCUCUGGGAGCACCAAUUCUGGCAAGCAAGACUAUGGGGGAAGUGGGAUUUCUAAAGGAAGGAUUGUACCCCGUAAUAUUGCUGUGUCUGCAAAGUGUUGGCAGGAAACUAGCAGCUGGUUGAGGCGAUUACAGGAUCCGAGUUUACCUUUAUCUACAAGCCCUGGUUCUAGAAUUGGUGCUUCAGCUAAGUUCACCCAGUCAAAAAGUUUUUCUAGUGACUGUGCAGUGUCGUCUCCGCCGACAAUGGCUUCUACUAUCAGGGGAGGUACAAGACCUGCUUCUCCUAGUAAGCUUUGGAUAUCUUCAGCUUCAUCUCCAUUGAGGGGGUUAAGUCCUGCUCGUGUCAGAAAUGCGGUUGGCGGUCAUAUGAUUGGUAAUUCCGUUAAUUCCCCUUCGAUUAUUAGCUUUUUUGCUGAUAUUCGAAGAGGAAAGUUGGGGGAUGAUCGGAUUGUUGAUGCACACAUGUUGAGGCUUCUUUAUAAUCGCUACUUGCAAUGGAGAUUUGCAAAUGCAAGGGAAGAUGCUACUUUCAUGGUGCAGAAACUGAGUGCAAAGAAAAAUCUGUGGAAUGCAUGGGUAACAACUUCAGAAAUGCGACAUUCUGUUACCCUUAAGAGAAUCAAGCUGCUAUUGCUGAGGCAAAAAUUGAAAUUGACUUCCAUCCUAAAGGGACAAAUAGCUUAUUUAGAAGAAUGGGCCAUCCUUGAUAGACACCACUCUAGCGCUUUGCUAGGACAGACCGAAGCUUUAAAGGCCAGUGUUCUCCGUCUUCCGGUUAUUGGAAAAGCGAUAGCAGAUAUCCAAAAUCUGAAGGAUGCUGUCAGCUCUGCGGUUGAUGUGAUGCAAGCAAUGGCAUCCUCAAUAUGCUUACUAUCAUCAAAGGUGGAGGAAUUGAAUUCCUUAGCGGAUGAACUUGGGACUGUGACUGCAAAGGAAAGGGUUUUGCUUGAACAAAGUAAAGAUUUUUUGUCUGCGUUAGCAGCCAUUCAGGCCAAGGACUGUAGCUUGAGGACACAUAUGAUACAACUAAAUCGGGACACAUAUAAUACAACUAAAUCGUGUAUCGGCUCCCAGCAGCCUGACAACUCGUGUAGAACUGAUCCUACUUGACUAUCCACCAUAAACAUUAACAGUAGCCUUAAGCUUGUGUUGUUCCGAUUGGGGUGGAGGCAGCACCGAACAGAACAAGAGUGGAUUGAAAAUAUCUCUUCUUGUCUUCUAUCUAUGAUCGUGAAUGUAACCUUUUGCAUCUGAAAGAUCAGGUGAUGUUGGCUUUUCCUCUCAACCGUUAUCUGUAUACUAGGAACUCUUGUACUGUUUUUUCUUUUAUUCUCAUUUUAGGAAAAAGAAAGCAAUGUAUAUGUAAAUAUGUUUAAAGUUCAUCUGAUAAGCAAUUAACAUGUAUCUCAUGGCCUUUAUUGACUGAUCAUCGGAGCUGGAUAGCUAUAUGCCGGAAUCCUUUUCAGCGUUUUAUUGUAAAUAGUCUGGCAUAAGGAAGAUUUCAUGGACCUGAAACGUUUAGCUUGGUAAGUCGUAUGCAUGUCCUAAAGUUGCGGAAAGAGCUCCUAGUUCAGAUGGGUGCCGGCGAAUGCUGUUGUUUGUGAUUUAUUA